CAUGUGUAAAUGCACAUUUCGAACCACCCCUAUAUGCUAUAAUAUGCAUUUAAGUGGAACACUACUCCAUAGACAUAGUCUUCUUAUCUAUUUUAAUCACAUGCGAACGAACAUUAUUAUAUACGACAGGAUGAGUGGGCGACAUGUACACUUACGGUACCAAAUCAAACCAAACCGAUUCCAUUUCAACCAAACAUGCUUCUUUGGUUAGGAUUCUCUCAAACAUAAUCUAAUUGGGAUCAGGGCUCAAAAUAUCCUAACCCUCAACAAUAUAAUUAAUCAUUUCAUGCAAGCUACUCUUCUUCUUUUUUCCGUCUACCUCUUCAUGCAAGCUACUAUUUCAUUUUAAACACCCAAAAAGAGCAAAACCCAAAAAAGUACGAGACUGUGAGUGUUGAUCUUACCGACGUGGGGGCAUUAUCGUAGGCCCAUGCAUGGGAAGUUUUUUUUUUUUUUUUUUCUUCUUGCAUGGGAAGUUUGAAACAGUCAGAAACAGAGAGACAUAAUUAACAAACAUAAAUCACACUAGUGUAAUUUGUAUACUAUAGACUAAGACUUGGGAGCCAUGAAUAGAUCUGUGAUUUAAUAUUUCACUGAAUCAUUAUAUGUAACGCUUGUAAAUAAAUUAUACUCGUAGUCAUGAUUUUCAUCAAAACAGUUUAAUAUGUGGAUAUUGAUUAAUGAUUAGUUACUUUGUAUCAAAAAAUAUAUUGUCAUUAAUAAGAAACAAAUAAAUACAAUUAAUUAUUAUUGUUAAACUAAAUAAGGAAGAAUAUACUUCCCCAUUGAGCAUGUAAAACUGAAGGAAAUAAAUUAUUUUCACUAGGAAACAAAAAAACUGAUAAAUAAAUGUAGAUAUGCAUGGCCAUCUGAUUAAAUUGCAAUUACGUGGAAAAGAUUAUCCAGCUCAAACAAAAGUCUACGGUUUCCCAAAACGUUCGAAAUCGUUAUAACUGGGUCUUAUUUUGUUAACGUGAAAAAUAUAUAAAAGGGACGAUUCAUGAUCUCCACCAUCACCAUCCACCAAAGUUAUGCGGGAUUUAAGCUCCGUUUACAAAAAAAACAGAGUUCUAAAAAUAAAUAAGAACCCUAAUUUUCCACCACAAAUCUUUGGAGGUUAGUUUUCUUGAUAUACACGUCUCUUCUUUUGUUCAAAUGCUUUUAUUCAUCUCCUUUUCACCUCAAGGUCAUUUAGUUAAUUAUUGAAUAAUGGCAACGAGCUCUGGUACAACGAAAACGAAACCAGACAACCCAAACCUAACCAGAUCAAGAUCUCUUGGCAGAAAGCCAAAGCCUGCACCAUCAUCAGACGCAGAUGGAUCUGACAAGAAGACAGCUGAGAAGCCUGUGCCCAAUUAUCUCAAACCCACAAUCAGCUCCAGACCAGACCCGGUCAAGUUCUUGAAGAAGAACAGCGCUGUCGAAGACAAGCUUCUUCGUAGACGUUCCUUUGAUCGUCCUCCUUCUUCAUUGACUUCAUCAGCUUCGUCAUCCCAUAAUAAAUCUCUCAACACCUCUCCUGCACGCUCACGUGACAGACCCGUGGUUCCAAGAGAGAAGCCUGCCACUAGUCUGCGUUCUUCAUCAUUCCAUGGAAGCAGCAGAGGCGGUCUCAGAGGAAGCAGUACGUUGAAGUCGGCUCCCGUGGCUUCGAGAGGAUCUCCAGGGGUGAAGAAGAGCGGUCUGAGCGGUGGUAGUUCUUCCAAGAGCAAAAAGGAAGGUUCUGAGAAGGCUCCAAAGAAAUCUUUGGGUAAAGAGAUUGCCCCGGAACCUUCUUCUCCUCCUGCGCCUGAUCAUAAGGAUGAGGAGGAGAUUGUCAAGGUUGAGACUGAUGAACAAGUUUCUGAACCGAAAGAACAAGAUAAAGAUCAGGUUAUACAGCCUGAGGAAUCUUGUGAAGAGAAGGAGACGGAUCCAGUGGAUGCCUCCAAAGAAGAAGUUAAAGAUGAGGCUGUACAGCCUGAGGACUCGGGUGAAGAGAAAGAGACCGGUCCAGUGGAUGCCUCCAAAGAAGAAGAGAAAGAAGAGCUGAUCAAUGAGGAUAAAACAGAAGAGCAAACAGAGGAGCAGAAAGAACCAGAGAUCACUGAAGAAAACAACAACAAUGACAAGGAAGAAGUUGAAAAUCACGAGGAGAAUAUUGAAACAGCUGUUACUCCAGAUAUGAAAGAAGCUGAGAAUGCCGAAGAAAGCAAGGAAGAGGAAGACGCAGAAGCUAAAGAGGAGGAGAGCGAAAGCAGCAAAGUUGAAGAAGCACCAACAGAAACAAAGGAUCAAGCAGAAGAAUCACCAGAGGAAGGAGCAAAGAAGGAAGUGGUGCAAGGAAAGAAGGAAUCUCCAUCAGCUUACAACGAUGUGAUAGCAACUAAGAUGCAAGAGAAUAAAAGGAAGAACAAGGUCUUGGCUCUUGCUGGAGCCUUUCAGACAGUUAUUGACUAUGAAACUGCUGCAUCUAAGUGAUAUACAUCUGCCUCUUUAUAUCACAUAAGAACUGCGUCAAGUGUUUUUUUAUUGUUUCCAUUGUUAAUUUUGUUUCUUGUUUUGGUUAAGCAUCAACAUAUCAAUGCUUCAUAUGAACUAGUCAUCUGCUUCUUUUCUUUACUCUAUAUGCAAAAACUUAACAUUCAAACGAGUGUCCCUUUAUAAAUGAGAUUUUUUAAUAUAAAAUGGAGAAGAAUCACUUGCAAAGUUUGAGCUUCUUGAAGAAAGGAGAGACUUGAGAUUUGAGAUAAGGCUUUGUAGCGAUACAAGUCGGAACAUUCUCCGGCUGCUCCAUCCACACCUUAUGAGAGAUUCCUCCUGACUUCAACUUCUCUGACAAAUU